GCCACAUCAGGGUCUAUACUGCGCGCGGCGAGGUUUCCAAACCGGACCUGCCGCAGGUUGGGGACCUCGGAAGAAGCAGGGACGGAAUGCAGCGUGUACCGCUUGCAGCCACCGCUAGGGCUUCCGCGGGUGAACCUGCUGCGCUGCCGGCACUCGGGCCCCUACCAGCAGCCUCAGAUAACCCUGCGUUACCCAAGAACGAGCAGCAGCCGUCGCCGCAGUGCCUGCAGAGGGUUCAACGCGAUCUCGCGGAAUUCGCCCGCCAUCCGCCGCCGGGUGUGUUCAUAGAGCCCGAGAAGGAGGACAUCACCACAAUCCACGCCAUCAUAGUCGGGCCUGACGGCACGCCGUACGAAGGGGGCUUCUUCCACUUCGUGCUCAAGUUGCCUCCCGACUAUCCCGUGGAACCGCCGCUAGUGCGCUUCAUGACAACGGACGGCGGAAGAGUGGGCUUCAACCCGAAUCUCCACGCGGACGGCAAGGUGUGCCUCAGCUUUCCGAGGCCGCCAUGGAGUGCGGCGCUGUCGCUCGAGUGCGUGCUGGUUUCGGUUCAGUCGCUGCUUAACGAGGACCCCUCGGCGAAUCAACCAGUAUUUGGACCCUUUGGACAGUGGAUUGGAAGGUUGAGAGGCUACAAAGACAACCUGCGCUACCAGACGCUCAGGGUCGCAGUGUGCGACGCGGUCCAGGCCUGCCUCCUGGGCACCGCACCGUAUCCGACAACCCUAAGGGAGGCAGUGCUGGCACGCUUCGCCGAGAACUAUGCCAAGUACGAAAACGCAGUCGGCGACACCCCCGUUACGUCGCUACUGGGCAGUGUGCUCGGUGCGUCGAAUGUCGAGUACGAAAAGUGCCAAGGGCUGCUCGAGCGAGUGCGAGACUUGUACGGCCGGAUCUUGAAGACGCAAGUUCUGCAGACAGGGAACCGUGACAGCGCGAGGACGCGUCUCUCGGCUUUGAGUCCGUGAAGCAGCCAAGUUUCGAUGAUGGCGUGUA